AUGGAGCUGGCAAUGUUCAAUGUGAGUCAUGGCUUCACGGAGUCAGUGGUCCGCGGGCUUAGAUCGGGAUUCCUGGGACCUGAAGACUACCGGCGGCUCGGCAGCUGCGACACGCUCGAGGAUAUGCGCUCCGCCCUGGAGGAAACGGACUACGGGACUUUCCUGCAGGAUGAGCCCUCCCCGUUGCUGGUGUCCACCAUCUCCAAGAAGUGCUACGAGAAGCUGGCGGACGAGUUCCGGUACCUGAAGGCCCAAACGGUAGAGCCCCUGUCCACCUUCAUGGACUUCAUCGCGCGGGAGAAGAUGAUCGACAACGUGUGCAUGAUCAUCCAAGGAGCCUUGAACAACAAGGCGCCCAAGGAGCUCGAGGAGAAGGUCCAUCCCCUGGGCGUUUUUGAGGGCAUGAAGGUGAUCAUGUCCGAAUCCUUCGAUGUGCAAGGGGGCUUUGACGAUGUGUACCGCAUCUUCUUGGUGGACACGCCCAUCGGGCCCUACUUCGAGGAAUACCUCAGAGAGGCGGACCGCGACAAGGACGACAUGGCGCGGUCCGGCAUUGAGACGUCGCAGGUGGGGGGCAUUUUGACCAAGCAGGACCUGGAGAUCAUGAAGACCAGCCUGAAGAAGGCCUGGCUGGAGGACUUCUAUGGCUUCGUCCAGUCGCAGGGGGGCACCACAGCCGAGGUCAUGGGACACGUCCUCAAGAUGGAGGCAGACUUCCGCGUCCUGCUGGUCACCAUGAACGCUCUGAACACCUCGCUUAGCACCGAGUCCUCCCUGCAGGAUCGAAAUGCCUUGUAUCCCAACUUCGGCUACCUUUACCCGGAGGGCACCAAGGAGCUGCGAAAGGUCUUCAACGACACCACGGUGCGGGCGGCGCUGGAGCCCUACUCCAAGUACCUGCAGCUCUUCGAUCAGGUGAAGGACUUCUAUGACUCCGAGUCUGGUGGGCGUGGCGCUGGCUUCCAAUCCAUCGAGGAUUUGAUCUACGCCGAGAAUGUCCACAUGUACGAGAUGGCCUUCGAGCAGCAGUAUCACUUCGGGCUCUUCUACGCCUGGGUGAAGCUCCGAGAGCAGGAGAUCCGAAACAUCAGGUGGAUUGCCAACAUGGUUGUCCUGGACAAGAAGGACCACAUCGAUGAUACCAUCGUCCCCAUCUUUCAGCCGCGCAUGUAG